AGGAAAAUUAAGUGCAUGACGGAGAGUCUGAAGGGGGAGCAGUCCUUCCUGCACCCUGGACCCUCUGGAACCACCUGGACAGGUCAUGAGUUGAUUCGGCUGAAGGGACAUGAGGACCAGUGUGCCGGGCGGGUGGAGGUGUGGAAGGACGGGAACUGGGGCACGGUGUGUGACGACAGAUGGGACCUGAAUAACGGCGACGUGGUUUGCGACCAGCUGGACUGUGGGAUCGCUCUCAGGGUGACGGGUGAGAACGGGUUGUUCCCUCCAGGGAGCGGACCGAUUCACCUGGAAGAGCUGAACUGCACCGGGAACGAGCAGAACCUGUGGUUCUGUCCGGGUGUCCAGGAAAACUCCGACUGCGGACACAAAGAGGACGCUGGUGUGGUGUGUUCAGAUUCGAAGGCGUUUUUUGGAGCACCCACAGAAGGUCCGAGAUUCAUUCGUCCUGAUUCAGGCGUUCUGACUUCACAGCAUUUCAGCAUCAUAUUUCUGUCUAUUGGGCUUCUUGUUCUUGUUCUGAUCAGCAUGGUUUUCUUCCGCGUUUACUGUAAUUUGCACGCAAAGCUGAGAUCGGUGAGGACAACGGAGCAGACGGUUUGAACAACCUGCAGACGAUGAGGAGGAGACGAUGAAGAUGGACCAAAGCGUGAAGACGUGUCGGCUCUAAAAUACUCAUUGUUAAAAAUCGCUAGUAAUAACAUGUAUAAUAAAUAUUUAUCAUAAAGGGUAAUUAAAAACUAUAAAAUGAAAACAAA